UAAGAACAAGUCAGAAGUUUAGUGAAGACUAUAGAAUAUGGAUUUAGACUAUUGAGGUGAACUAUCAUCGAUACAUUGAUGUAGAUACGUCAAACACAUUGUAUAUAUGAAUGGACGAUUUACUGACAAAUGCAGCAUGUUAACAACAAAUAGUUAGACUUGUUGAUGGAUAUCUAUCCCAUCGUAUACCUGUAAUGGAUACCGUCAGUACUACGCCGUACGAAAAGGCGACAGGAACUACAACGAAGAAGACACGAAAAGACCCUGCUCAGAACAAACCUGAUACGGAACCAAAAAGAAGUGACUCUGAAUUGUCGUAUAGAGAGAAACACAAAAAGAAAAGAAGCGGUUUUAAUUUUAUUUACACUGGCACGGACAAGCGAUCCUUCGAAAAACAACGCGAGAGUGUGGAUAGAUUGAGCCAAUGUAAAAAAGCUCCCCCCGAUUCUAACAGAGUUUUGACCAGUGAUAUAAAUGACAUUAAAGGAUUAACUGCUAGUUUUCAGUGGACAGCUAACGGGCAUCUAGGGCAAGGAUUCAUACAUUAAUCAUUUCUACAUUUAUUCAAAAACAGUUUCGUUCAGUGCGUCUUUCCACUGCCGAUCAUUGAUUCUAUAUAGCCCAGGGCCAGUUUACAUCGACCGACAUGCCUCGCCCAGUUAAGUUCAAAGAAGAUGUGCUUACAUCUGUGCCUCUGUACAGUUCAAGAAAGGAUGACGAUGACACAGAUCCAGACUCUGCCAAUGCAAGAUGGAACAAAAUUCCGAUUUCGACAGUGUGGGCAAAAUACAAAAUGCAACCAGGCCAAAUUCGUGUAAUAGACGGAGACUAUUUCUACACGGUUGAUAAUGGCGAAGACGGUGAGACAAUCGUGCGUCACGUCAGUAAACAAACGAGCACUAGUCAAGCAAAGCUAGC